UGAGAUCAAGAGCUACAACAUAUCCAAGUUUCGCGACAUUCCAACCGCUAGUGUUUUGUCGACGUCGUUUCUUGUGAAGACGACUUUUCUCAAGAUCAAUGGACACCUGAGUGGCUAAGGCAGCAGAUUCUGCAGGAGGACUUCCGCAGACGCCAUGUGGGAGGCGGUGCUGCCACUAAGACUGCUGAGGGGUAUGGAGCUGCAGGGCGCAGCAGAGGAAGAGGGGGUUGGAAAGGCCGAGGCCGUGGGAGGAGCUUUGGCAGAGGUAGAGGCCGAGGUGACUAUAAUGAGGGGCAUGGGAGCUCUAGUGGCAGGGGGAGUACCAGAAUGGAGGGCACGUGCUGGUACUGCAAGAAGAUAGGGCAUCCUUGGUUCAAGUGCUUCAGCAGGCCGGAGGGAUGGGCACCUCCAGGCAUGAAGCCACCCAGUGGUGAACGCGCACAAGGUGGCGCUGUGCAAGGCUCAGGUGCACAAGGUGAAGGUGCACAAGGUAAUGCCUAUCCUGGUUUGUUUCUUAUGGUUCAGGAUGUGCAUGGGCAUGAGGGUGAUGUGGGAUCUGUGGGAAAGGUUGUGAUGCACCCUCUCACGCACUGGGUGAUUGAUUCGGGUUGCACCAGUCACAUGACUCCACGGGCAGAUUUGCUUGAUGAGGUAAAACCCCCUGGGAAGAUUAAGUAUGUGGCAGCAGCGUCAGCUUGGGAAGAAGGUGCUGUGGAGUCUGGAAGAGGAGACCAGCUGCAUCAAGGACCUGUGGCAGCUGCCCAUCAUCCCUUGGAAUGGGAAGACUCCAACAGCAGCAACGGCAGCAGUGGCAAAGGCAACAGCAGGAGGAGAUGCAACUGCACCAACUGAUGGGGUGCUGGAAGCAGUCAAGAAAGUGCAGAAGCAGCAGACACAUGGUGAGGUGCUUGCUGGUGUGGAUGCGAGUGCGGCAUGGGCUAAGGCUUCACCAAGGA